AUGGAACUCAUAUUCUUCUUCGGAUUAAAUUCAAACCCACGACUUGCAGAACCCCCGGUGGUUUCCCGCAUUGGGUUCGAUCCUGAGUACCUGGAAGGUGACAUGGCACAGACCAACUGUGUGGUACAGAAAGGUGACAGCCCCCUGUUGAUAUCAUGGCAGUUUAAUGGCCUCCCCCUCACCAACUCUGACCACGUCGAAAUCGCGGGGAUGGGCAAGAGGUCGUCCAUCUUGACCAUCGACCCGGUGAUGGGUGACCAUCGAGGCAACUACACCUGCGUGGCCUCCAACCCCGCGGGGGAGAUGGCAGUUCACGCCAUACUCCAUGUUAAUGAACCACCCGAAGUCCUGCCACUAAAUUUCCCUUCGGAUCGGUUCGUGGAGGGGGACUUUGCGCAAGGGAACUGCAUGGUCCAUAAGGGGGAUCUCCCCAUUAUAAUAUCGUGGUUAUUUAAUGGUCAACCCGUGACCAUCAGCGACGAAGUGCAAAUUAAUGCCAUGGGUCAAAGGUCGUCCAUCCUGACCAUCGACCCCGUCAAAGGCCACCACCAGGGCAACUACUCCUGCGUGGCCGCCAACCCUGCUGGGCAGAUGGCAGUACACAUGGCCCUUGCUGUUAAUGAACCUCCCCGCCUGCUGGCGAUAACUUUUCCGGCGCCACAGUUCCUGGAGGGGGAAGUGGCGCAGUCUAACUGCGUCUUGACAUCCGGGGACAAACCCGUCGUAAUUUCAUGGCUGUUUAAUGGACGUCCCUUGCACUCAACGGACGACGUCCAAAUUGAUAAAGUUGGAGGUCGAACGUCCAUCUUGACCAUCGACCCAGUGAGAGGUCACCACCAGGGCAACUAUACCUGCGUGGCCAGCAACCACGCUGGGCAGAUGGCCGUGGACACCACCAUGGUGGUCAAUGAACCGCCGCUGCUGCUGCCCAUCCACCUGGAGUCGGACCGGUUCCUGGAGGGGGACUUUGCGCAGCUGAACUGCGUCUUGCGUAGCGGGGACCGGCCCGUGACCACCACCUGGUUGUUCAACGGCCGUCCCCUUGUCCCUUCCGACGAUGUACACGUCACCAAGAUGGGCCAGCGGUCGUCCAUCUUGACCAUCGACCCCGUCAGAGGACAUAACCAGGGCAACUACACCUGCGUGGCCACCAAUCAAGCUGGGGAGGCCGCUGUCCACACCCGCCUCGAGGUUCAGGCGCCCCCCAAGUUCCAGAUCCAGUACCGCAACCAGACCGCCCUGCAUGGCGCGGACGCUGUCCUAGAGUGCGAGGCGGAGGGCGAGACUCCCAUCGGCAUCGUCUGGAAGAAGGACGGCCAGAACGUCGAGCCCGACCUCGAGACCCGGUACACCAUCAGGGACGAGGCCCGCAGUUCUGGGGUCCACUCUUCCCUCAGCAUCAAGAAGACCGACCGGCCGGACUCGGCCUCCUUCACCUGCAUCGCCACCAACCCCUUCGGCAGCGCCGACACCAACAUCAACCUCAUCGUCCAGGAGAUCCCGGAGCAGCCCUCGGGCCUCAAGGUGCUGGACAAGACGGGCCGGUCUGUCGAGCUGUCCUGGACCCCGCCCUAUGAUGGCAACUCCCCCAUCACCCGCUACAUCGUCGAGUACAAGCAGAGCAAGCAGAACUGGGAGGACCAGAGCGAGCGCCUGAUGGUGUACACCAUCAGGGACGAGGCCCGCAGUUCUGGGGUCCACUCUUCCCUCAGCAUCAAGAAGACCGACCGGCCGGACUCGGCCUCGUUCACCUGCAUCGCCACCAACCCCUUCGGCAGCGCCGACACCAACAUCAACCUCAUAGUUCAGGAGCUGGAGGCGUCCAUCGAUGGCCUGCGGGAGACACAGCGCAAGUAUGUCCACCUGCUGCGGCUGUCCCGUGCCCUGGCCUCCCACUUCUACCACGUGGUCAGCACGCAGCACCAGCUCGCUGACGCCUUCGCUGACCUCGCCCAGAAGAGCCCGGAGCUGCAGGAGGAGUUCGUCUACAACGCGGAGACGCUGCGCACGCUCAGCAAGAACGGAGAGACGCUGCUGUCCGCCCUCAACUUCUUCGUGUCAUCCGUGGCCACGCUCUGCCACAAUACCAUGGAGGACACCAUGGCCACCAUCAAGCUGUACGAGCAGGCCAGGAUUGAGUACGACGCAUACCGGACAGACCUGGAGGCGCUGUCAUCCACACCCCGCACACAGGUGUGUAGUGUCAUCCACACACCCCGCACACAGGUGUGUAGUGUCAUCCACACACCCCGCACACAGGUGUGUAGUGUCAUCCACACCCCGCGCACACAGGUGUGUAGUGUCAUCCACACCCCGCACACAGUGAUGAGCGACGUGGGGGUCAAGCUGGCCUUCCUUAAUGAGAACAAGGUGAAGGUGAUGCACAAGCAGCUUCUGCUGUUCCACAACGCCAUCAGCGCUUACUUCACCGGCAACGAAGCGCAGCUCGAGGCGACACUCAAACAAUUUAAUGUCGAGUUGACCAGGGGUGCCAACGCUACACCUCCCAGCUGGCUGGAACAGUCUCUGACAGAAACUCUGCAAGAAAAUUUCCGAAGCAUUUUUGCCAACGUCAACACCAGCGUCUAG